UUUAGGUUAGGAGGAUAGGAGGAUAACUAACGUAGCAUAGGACUUGACUUUUUUCAUUCAAAUUGAAAUAGCUGUACCCAAGAAUAAUCGUGAUCUAAUCGAAGAUCUGGUGAUUAUUAUUGUCUUGCUAUGAAGAGCAGAUUUGCAGCUACUCGGCUCUUCCCCGCAAGUGGAGGUUUUGAUGCCGGAAAUGUUAGAAAAGUUAUUCGAUUCGUGAGAAUGGGUUGCACAAAUCGUCCAUUUUACCACAUAGUUGUGGCUGCUAGAAAAAGAGAGCAGCACGAUCAGUGUAUUGAACAGGUUGGAUCUUAUGACCCUUUACCAAAUGAAAAGAACGAAAAACUCGUUGCAAUCAAUUUUGAGAGGGUGAGUUACUGGAUCGGACAAGGUGUUGGUGUUUCAAGGCCUGUUAGCGAGUUAUUUGGCAUUGCUGGAUUGUUCCCGAUUCAUCCCAGAACUUACAUGACGGCUUGGAGAAACAGAAAAGCUGCAGUAGAAAAAGAUGCUGCAGAGAAAGCUGCUGCGGCAAAACCAGAAGAAUCACCAGCUGCUGAACAGCCGACUGCUGCGUAGUCUUAAUAGCAUUUAACCAUUGUUUUUCAGAUCUUCAUAUUGAAGACCUGUUUGUAGUUUGUGUUUGUUUGUAAUAAAUUUGUUAAGAACAAAA